AUGAGACAAAAGCAAUCAAUCACCCAACUAGAGUCCAGAUCGGAGACGUAUUCAUACGGUCUGAGUUACUUGCGACCGAGAGCCCUCGCCUUGCGGCUACGUUUGCGCCACCUACAGCCCGGGAGGGUGAGCGUCAUGGCGGCUUCUUUUCCGCUCCCAGUGACCCAGGACCUGUCCACGUUGCGUGCCAAGUUGCAGGGACUGCUGCAGUUCCUGAGAGAAGCCCUGUCCAUUUCCAGUGCACAUACGGUGGACUUCUACACUGAGUCCGUGUGGAAGCAACUGGUCGACUUGCCCCCGGAGACCGUGCUGGGGGUGCUGAGGCGGUCAGCGGCCGAGGCGGAGGCUCGGUCCCCCGAGGCACGCCUCCUGGUGGAAGCCGAGAUGGGAUCAGGUAUUGCCAAUUUUCCCCAAAUAUUUUGUGAAACUUCCCAGAAGCUAGUGAGUGUGGAAGCCUUUGCUUUGGCUGUGAGAUAUUAUUCUGUACAAAACUUGGGAAUAUGUACUCCUUUUGAACAGUUGCUUACAGCCCUUCGAGGAAAUCAAAAACAGAGAACUGGUGAAAAUGUGAAACCAGAUGAGUUUAUGAAUUUGAAAAAGUCUCAUGAAGUUCAGGUUAUGUCAGAGCUGAUCAGCAGUAUUGCUGAUUACUGUGGAAUAAAGCAGGUAAUUGACCUGGGUUCUGGAAAAGGCUACCUAAGCUCUUUUUUGUCCUUGAAGUAUGGCUUAAAAGUUUAUGGAAUUGAUUCCUCAAAUACCAAUACUCAUGGAGCUAAGGAGAGAAACAGGAAAUUGAAGAAACAUUGGAAAGUCUAUCAUACUCGGUCAAAAUUAGAUGGCAAUGGACUGGCAUUAAAAAUGGCAAAAGAAAGGAAAGUGCAAGAUGAAAUUAAAUAUAAAGUAGAUAUUGAGGGAAUAUGUAACAACAGUCCUGCAAAUCAAGGAAAGAUGUCUACCUCGGAUUUUUUGCCAGAUUUUUCGGAUUCUGUAAUUUCUAACAUUAGAACACAAAUGGAAAACCUACAUGUGUAUUCACAUCGAGAAGAAAAUUUGUGUUUUGAAAAUGCCUUUUCUCUCAUAGACCUUUUGCCUAUUAAUGCUGUAGAACCUACUUCAUUGCAAACAUCUAAGAGAAAUAUGUCUGAAGCAAAUAAAGAGAGAAGAAAAAUGAUAUCAAAGUCAAAUGAAUCAAAUAUAUACUCACCUUUAACAUCUUUUAUCACUGCUGAUUCAGAACUGCAUGAUAUUAUUAAAGACCUGGAGGAUUGUUUGAUGGUAGGCCUCCAUACUUGCGGUGAUCUUGCUCCAAAUACCCUGCGAAUAUUUACUUCCCAGCCUGAAAUCAAGGGAGUUUGCAGUGUGGGUUGUUGCUAUCACCUCUUAACUGAAGAAUUUGAAAACGUGCACAAAGAAAGCACCGAAGACAAGUGGGGAUUUCCAAUGUGCCAUUAUUUAAAGGAAGAGAGAUGGUGCUGUGGUCGUAAUGCCAGAAUGUCAGCAUGUUUGGCAUUGGAACGGGUUGCGGUUGGCCAAGGGCUGCCUACUGAAUCACUCUUCUAUCGAGCUGUCCUUCAGGAUAUUAUUAAAGAAUGUUAUGGCAUCACCCAAUGUGAUCGGCAUGUUGGUAAAAUUUAUUCCAAAUCCUCUUCCUUUCUGGACUAUGCCAGAAAGUCUCUAAAGAAGCUUGGGUUAGAUGAGUCCAAGCUGCCAGAAAAAGUUAUAAUGGACUACUACGAGAAGUACAAGCCUAGAAUGAAUGAGCUGGAAGCUUUUAAUAUGUUGAAAGUUGUUCUGGCUCCUUGUAUAGAGACACUAAUUCUUCUGGAUCGACUUUGCUAUCUGAAAGAGCAGGAAAAUAUUGCAUGGUCUGCACUUGUGAAGUUGUUUGAUCCUGUGAAAUCUCCCAGAUGUUAUGCUAUUAUUGCUCUGAAGAAGCAGCAAUGAUUUCAGUUGAAGCAAGGAAAGAGAACUGUUUAAGAAAUAAUCUGCCAUGUGAAAGAUGUGCUCUGGUAACCUGUGACCAGAAGGAACUGGAAGUCUCCAAACCUCCCCAGGUUUGUACUUGGCCAGUGAUGCUACUGGCUACAUGUAUGGGGAUUUAUUAGUUGAUGUAUUUAUCUCAAUGGAUCGCCUCAUUAAGUUUGCAGAUGUUCUGUCAAUGGAAGUCCUUUAAAAACAAAUUAUACUGUUUUUAUUAGAGUUUUCCAAUGCACAAUCCAGGAUAAGAGAGUUAACACAUUUCAGCACAGAACAAAGUAGCAUGUAUUUAAAUCUCAGGGGAGGAAAAGCCUUUAACUUGUUCUCAGACAGUUAUGAUUGAAUACGUUGAAUUUGAGAAAAAUGGAGAAAGUAUGCACCAAAUUCACCAUUUGGUCAGCAUGGGAUUUGGUGUGCAUCAGUUAAUCAUGUUGAACUAAUGCUCCACUUAGCUCAACUCUCAGGAAAGAAUCCAGUCUUCUAAUAACUGCUACAACUCCUUUAAGAAAAAGUCUCAAGGAUGGUUUUCCAUCAGGCAGAGCACACUCAAAUAAUGUGUUUCAAGGGAAAGAUAAAACAAUUCCAGAUACCAUUUGAUUAUAACAACAGACAUCUCUGGUGUUCUGGUGACUUCAGAAUAUUUCUGAUCUUAGUAGACAGUAUAGCUGCAGGUAAACCUCUGCGAAUAAAGGCAUGAGGAACAGACUUCAAAUCACAAAGAAAAAAUUAAAUACUCUAUUUCUACUUAAGCUAACUCAAAAGGACAGAACUAAGAAUAAAAAUGAAGGCAAAGAAGUGUUUACUUUUAAUGUAUAGAAUAAUGAAUAUCUUUCUAUGUAUGUACAAACAGUACCUUUAAAGGGUCCAAAAUUACAUUCACAUUACCUGCUUAUGCUAGGUUCCAGAAACCAUCCCUAAAGCACAGGUUGUACUGUACUGAAGAAUAAUAUUUAGAAGUUUUGAGGGUCAACAUCUAGAGGAUAAAACUGAAAGCUAUUGAAAGGUAAAUUAUUUUUUUGGUUAACUUUUCUCUCAUUAAUAGAAAAUACUGUUGUUUAUCUUUAAAAUAAAUAGAUUUGAAAUUCUUUUAAAAUAUGCUUCAUAUUUUAGAUCUUUAGUACAGUUGUAGUAUCAAUGUUUGUUAAUGAGAUUAUUGGUAAUGUGUUUUCAUUCUAAUAAAUUGGUUGCAGAUGUUUAGAGAAGAAAGGAUUUCGUUAAAAUUGCUGCCAUAAAUAGCAUAGUUCCUACCUUUAAGAUUAAUGAAACCAUAGUAAAUUCAACCUAGAUCUUCUUACCAUUCUUUUAUUAUGAAAAGUAAAACUAAGUCUCAGAGUUGUGUUUAGUUAGGUAAAUAAAAGUGUUACAGAGCCUCUGAGGGUCAUAGGUCAUAGUAGCCCAGUGGAGUUACAUCAUAUACACAUUUAUGUACUGAUUUUUAGAUUCUAACCUCUCCCCAAGAUGCAAAUGCAUAAGAAGGAUAGGAUAUCUGUUUGUUGGCCAAAUCAGAAGUGCCAUCUUUGAAAGACAGGAAAUAGAAGACCAAACAAAUAUCUAUAACUUUUCAAAGAGCAGAGGAUAUGUGUUUCUCAUCAAGUAAGACUUAGAAAAUCCAACUGAACUUUAUUGAACAUCUGUGAACUAACUGCUGGGUGCUUUCACACUUACUUCAAUCUUCAAAACAACAAACAACAAAAAAAUAGCAUGCAUUAGGGAUAUAGAUCCUUAGUAAUAGUGACAGUAGUAUAUACCCAAGGAGCAAGCAGUAAGCCUUAAUAAUUCACCCAUUCCUCAUUCACUGUAGGAAUUUAAUAUUAUCCUGAAAGCAUAAUGGUUUGAAUGCUCAAUAUCUGCUUAAAGACUACCCUUUUGUUCUUUUCUUUCAUCUACCUCUGUGGUCUCCAAAUUUUAGUGGGCCAAGGAAUUAAGGUAUAGUACUAUAUUCAAAACUACACAAAUAAAGCAAAAAAGAAAAAGAAAAAAGAAAGAUAAAGAAAAAAAAAUGUUGGUGUGUUUUCCAUAGAAAUGUGUUCUCAUAGGAAACACAUUAAAGAGAUCUUUCAGCUCACUGUUCACAGGUUUAAAAAAAAAUUCAAUAAUAAGAAUCCCAUUGACAUUCUAAAUAAUGUAUGCAUUUUUACUACUUUGGGUACUGUAUGUCAUACUUAGUUAUUACUGUCUCAUAAGUAUAAUCAGAACUUUGUGUUAAAAGUUGUGUCCUGAGGACACUUUUGAAAGAAUUGAAAACUAAUAAUAGUGGUUAACUAUAAAUUAGGAAGAUCAAUGAAAACCAAGAAGCUUCUUGACCAGGACAUUAACUUUAAUUUUAACUUUAAAAUAAAUCUUAAUUACUAAAACCUAAAGACAGUUGCUGAUUAUUAAAUACCAAAUAGUUUGGCAUUUUACAUAUCAUAUAUAAAAGGGUCACAAAGAGAAUCAGAGAAGGGGUUUUUGUUUGGUUGUUUUUUGUUUGUUUUUAAUAUGUCUUUUUUUUUUUUUGUCAAGUUAGUUAACAUACAGUGUAGUCUUGGCUUCAGGAGUAGAUUUCUAUGAUUCAUCACUACAUACAACACCCAGUGCUCCUCCCAACAAGUGCCCUCCUCAAUGCCCAUCACCCAUUUUCCCACCCCCAUCAACCCUCAGUUUGUUCUCUGUAUUUAAGAGUCUCUUACAGUUUGCCUCCCUGUUUGUAUGUUAUUUUUCCUUCCCUUCCCCUAUGAUCUUCGGUUAAGUUUCUCAAAUUCCACAUAUGAGUGAAUCACAUGAUAUAUGAUCAUAUAUAUAUGAUAUAUGUCUUUAUCUGACUGACUUAUUUCACUUAGUAUAAUACCCUCCAGUCCAUCCACAUUUUUGCAAAUGGCAAGAUUUCAUUCAUUUUCAUCACUGAAUAGUAUUCCAUUGUGUAUAUAUACGAUAUCUUCUUUAUCUGUUCAUCAGUCAAUGGACAUUUGUGCUCUUUCCGUAAUUUGGCUAUAAUUGAUAGUGCUGCCAUUAACAUCGGGGUGCCUGUGCCCCUUCGAAUUAGCACUGCUGUAUCCUUGGGUAAAUUCCUAGCAGUGCUAUUGCUGGGUUGUAGGGUAAUUCUAUUUUUAAUUUUCUGAGGAACCUCUACACUGUUUUCCAGAGUGGCUGCACCAGUUUGCAUUGCAACAGGGAUUCCCUUUUUCCACAUCCUCACCAACAUCUGUUGUUGCCUGAGUUGUUCAUUUUUGCCACUCUGACUGAUAUGAGGUGGUAUCUCAAUGUAGUUUUGAUAUGUAUUUCCCUGAUGAUGAGUGAUGUUGAGCAUCUUUUCAUGUUUCUGUUGGCCAUCUGGAUGUCUUCUUUGGAAAAGUAUCUAUUCAUGUCUUCUGCCCAUUUCUUCACUGUAUCAUUUGUUUUUGGGGUGUUGAGUUUGGUAACUUCUCUAUAGAUUUUUGAUACGAACCCUUUAUCCAGUAUGUCAUUUGCAAAUAUCUUCUCCCAUUCCAUCUUUUAGUUUUGUUGAUUGUUUCCUUUGCUGUGCAGAAGCUUUUUAUCUUGAUGAGGUCCCAAUAGUUCAUUUUUGCUUUUGUUUCCCUUGCCUUUGGAGACAUGUUAAGUAAGAAGUUUCUGAGGCCAAGGUCAGAGAGGUUGCUGCCUGUUUUUGCCUGUGGGAUUUUGAUCAUUUCCUGUCUCACAUUUCAGUCUUUCAUUCAUUUUGAAUUUAUUUUUGUGUAUAGCGUAAGAAAGUUGUCUCUUUUCAUUCUUCUGCAUGUUGCUGUCCAGUUCUCUCAGCACCAUUUGCUACAGACUGUCUUUUUUCCAUUGGAUACUCUUUCCUGCUUUGUUGAAGAUUAAUUGGCCAUACAUUUGUGGGUCCAUUUAUGGCUUCUCUAUUCUAUUCCAUUGGUCUUUGUGUCUGUUUUUGUGCCAAUACAAUACUGUCUUGAUGAUCACAGCUUUGUGAUACAGGCUACAGUCCAGGAUUGUGAUGCCUCCAGCUUUGGUUUUCUUUUUCAACAUUACUUUGGCUAUUCGGGGUCUUUUCUGGUUCCAUACAAAUUUUUAGGAUUGUUUGUUCUAGCUCUGUGAAGAGUGCUGGUGCUAUUUUGAUUGGGAUUGCAUUAAAUGUGUAGAAUGCUUUGGGUAGUAUCAACAUUUUAAUAGUAUUUGUUUUUCUAAGAGCAUGGAGUGUUUUUCCAUUUUUUUGUGUCUUCAGUUUCUUUCAUAAGAUUCUCUAGUUUUCAGCGUACAGAUCUCUUACCUCUUUGGUUGGGUUUAUUCCUAGGUAUUUUAUGGUUCUUGGUGCAAUUGUUAAUGGGAUAAAUUCCUUGGUAUGUCUUUCUGUUGCUUCAUUAGUGGUGUAUAGAAAUGCAACCAAUUUCUGUACAUUGAUUUUGUAUCUUGCAACUUUGCUGAAUUCAUGGAUCAGUUCUAGCAGUUUUUUGGUGGAAUCUUUUGGGUUUUUCCAUGUAGAAUAUCAUGUCAUCUGCAAAGAGUGAAAGUUUGACCUCUUUGCCAAUUUGGAUGCCUUUCAUUUUGUUUUGUUGUCUGAUUGCUGAGGCUAGGACUUCCAAUACUAUGUUAAACAACAGUGGUGAGAGUGAACAUUCCUGUCAUGUUCCCGAUCUCAGAGGGAAAGCUCUCGGUUUUUCCCCAUUGAGUAUGAUAUUAGCUGUGGACCUUUCAUGUAUGGCUUUUAUGAUGUUAAGGUAUGUUCCUUCUAUCCCAACUUUCUUGAGAGUUUUUAUUAAGAAAGGGUGCUAAAUUUUGUCAAGUGCUUUUUAUGCAUCUAUUGACAGGGUCAUAUGCUUCUUAUCCUUUCUUCCCUUAAUGUGAUGUAUCAUGUUGAUUGAUAUGCAAACAUUGAACCAGCCCUACAGCCCAGGAAUGAAUCCCACUUGACAUGGUGAAUAAUUCUUUUAACAUACUGUUAAAUUCGAUUUGCUAGUAUCUUGUUGAAAAUUUUUGCAUCUGUGUUCAUCAGGGAUAUUGGCCUGUAAUUCUCCAUUUUAGUGGGGUCUUUGUCUGGUUUGGGAAUCAAGGUAAUGCUGGCUUCAUAGAAUGAGUCUGUAAGCUUUCCUUCUGUUUCUAUUUUGAGAAGUCUGGGUAGGGGGUUGUUAAUUUUGUUUAUUCUUUCAAAAAACCAGCUCUUAGAUUCAUUGAUCUGUUAUGCUGUUUGUUUGUUUUGUUUGUUUGUUUGUUUGGAUUCUAUACUGUUUAUUUCUGCUCUAAUCUUUAUUUUUCUCUUCUGCUGACUUUGGGCUUUCUUUGCUGCUGCCUUUCUUCUUCCUUUAGAUAUGAGGUUAUGUUUUGGGACCUUUCUUGCUUCUUGAGAUAGGCCUGAAUUACAAUGUAUUUUCCUCUUAGGACUACCUUUGCUGCAUCCCAUAGGGUUUGGACUGUCAUGUUUUAAUUUUCAUUUGCUUCCAUAAAUUUUUUAAUUUCUUCUUAUAUUUCCUAGUUGACCCAUUCAUUCUUUAGUAGGAUGUUCUUUAACCUCCAUGCAUUUGUGGGCUUUCCAAUUUUUUUCUUCUGAUUGAUUUCAAGUUUCAUAGAGUUGUGAUCUGAAAAUAUGCAUGGUAUGAUCUCAUUCCUUUUACAUUUGCUGAGGACUGUUUUGUGACCCAGUAUGUGAUCUGUUUUGGAGAAUGUUCCAUGUGCAUGCAAGAAGAAUAUGUAUUCUGCUGCUUUUGGAUGAAAAGUUCUGAAUAUAUCUGUUAAGUCCAUCCUGUCCAAUGUGUCAUUCAGAGACAUUUCCUUAUUGAUUUUCUACCUAGAUGAUCUGUCCAUAGUUGUAAGUGGAGUAUUAAACCCCCUAAAAUCACAGUAUUAUUAUCUAUACAUUUAUUUGUUUGUGAUUAAUUGAUUUAUAUAUUUGGGUGUUUCACGUUGGAGUCAUAAACAUUUAUAAUUUUUCGCUCUUCUUGAUGGAUAGACCCCAUAAUUAUGAUAUAAUGCCCUUCUCCAUCUCUUGUUAAAACCUUUAGUUUAAAAUCUAGUUUGAUGUAAGUAUGGUAUUCCAGCUUUCUUUUGGUUUCCAGAAGCAUGAUAGAUGGUUCUCCAUUCCCUCACUUUCAAUCUGAAAGGGUUCUCAGGUCUAAAAUGAAUCUCUUGUAAACAGCAUAUAGAUGGAACUUGGGUUUUUUAUCCAUUCUGAUACCCUAUGUCUAUUGAUUGGGGCAUUUAAUCCAUUUAUAUUCAGAGUGAUUAUUGAAAGAUAUGGAUUUAGUGUCAUUGUGUUAUCUGUAGGUUUCGUGCCUAUGGUGGUGACUCUGGUCCUUUGUAGUCUUUGCUGCCCUCUACUCACAGAGUCCCCCUUAGAAUCUCCUGCAGGGCUGGUUUAGUGGUCAUGAACUCCUUUAGUUUUUGUUUGGGAAAGCCUUUAUCUCUCCUCCUAUUCUUAAUGACAGCCUUGCUGGAUAAAGGAUUCUUGGCUGCAUAUUUUUCCUAUUCAGCACAUUGAAUAUUUCCUGUCUCUCCCUUCUGUCCUGCCAAGUUUCAGUGGACAGAUCUCCUACCACCCUUCUGAGUCUACUCUUGUAGGUUAAGGCCCAUUUGUCCCUAGCUGCUUUCAGAAUUCUCUCUUUAUCUUUGUAUUUUGCCACUUUUACUAUGAUAUAUCAUGGUGUUGACCUGUUUUUGUUGAUUUUGAAGGGAGUUCUCUGUGCCUCUUGGACUUGGAUUCCUGUUUCCUUCCCCAGAUUAGGGAAGUUCUCAGCUCUAAUUUGUUCAAAUAAACCUUCUGCAGCUUUCUCUCUCUUCUUCUUUUUUCUGGAACUCCUGUGAUAACCAAUAUUAUUUCAUUUCAUUGAAUCACUUAGACCCUUGUGGUCUAGUAAUUUCCUUUCCCUCUUUGUUUCAGCUUCAUCAUUUUCCAUAAUUUUAUCAUGUAUUUCACCUAGUCUCUCCUCUGCUUCUUUCAUCCUCACUGUCACUGCAUCUAGUUUAUUUUGCAUCUCAUUUAUAGCAUUUCUUAAUUCAUCAUGACUGUUUGCUAGGUCUUUGAUCUCUACAGCAAUAUAUUCUCUGCGUCUUCUAUGCUUUUUUUCAAUCCCAGCUAUUAGUCUUAUGACUGUUAUUCUAAAUUCUUGUUCAGAUAUAUUGUUUAUAUCUGUUUUGAGCAAUUCUCUGGCUGUCAUUUCUUCCUGGAAUUUCUUUUGAGGAGAAUUCUUCUAUUUCAUCAUUUUGCCUAGGUUUCUGUCUUUGAUGUGUUUUAAUAGCUUGUUAUGUGUCCUGCACCUGCAAAAACUACUAUAUUAAAAAGGGGUCAUACACUGUCUAGGGCCUGGCACUUCAGGAAGUGAUUUUGGAGUGUGUUGUGUGUACUCUGUUCUUGUGUAUUUGGCUGCUCUAUCCACUGGUCAGUCUUCUACAAAGCUCCUCCUUACUUGUGGUGGUGAAUUAUUUAUACCUUCCACCAGGUGUACUUUCAUUUGUUCAUUGAAGUAACCCCAGAAGAAAGGAAAGGGCAGUGGACCUGAUCCCAAAGAAAGAGGAAAAUGAAAGGGAUGAAAAAAAGACCAAGCAAAGAAUCAAAGAAACUAUAAGGCUUAAUCCAGAGAGAGAGAAAGGAAAACAAAGAAGAAAAUAUAGAAAAGGUAUAAAAAGAAUAGAGUAAAAAUGCCUGAUUAAACAGAGAACGAAAGGAAAUUAAUAUAUAUAUAUAUAUAUAAAUGUAUAUAUUAAUACAUAUAUACAUAAUAAGAAUUGACCAAAAAUCAAAUCAGAAACUUUUUUUCCAAAGGAAAAAAAAGAAGAAGGUAGAAAAAUAAAAGAGAAGGAAAGAAAAGAGAAGAGAGAGGAAGAAAAAAAAGAGCAACAGACUAAUAUACAAAACCACAGGACAGUUGUCUGUUUGUGCCUGGGACCUGUGGCUGUGCUGGUCUGGAGGAGAGGCCCUCUGGUUCUUAUAGUGUCAGUCCUGCUCUAGUAGAUAAGCAGUUGCCAGGCAUGGAGGGGCAGGGUUUGGUGUAAGUAGGUCCCACCUCCACUGGGGGCUGCUAUCUUGUUUGCGGACUCUCCACCAUGUUGGUGAUGGGGAGAUAUAUGGGGACAUCUCAGUCUCUUCUCCCUGGACCAAGUGUCUCAGACUAUGCUGUUCAGGCAGCCUUUACAGAGUAGCACAAGCAGUCAGCUUGCCUUGCUCCACAGUCUCCCACGCCUCCUAGGCACUGAGCUAGAAUUCAAAACCUGACGUCUUAAAGGAUCCUGAACCACAUGGACCCAGUUCUGGGGUAGCACCACUCUACCCUGCUGAUAUGGCUGGCACCUGUAGGGUCUUUUAUCCUUGGGAAGCAAUAUACCCUUUACCCACAGUACUCAAGGAAGGGGACUAUUCUCUUCCAGUGCGCCCCUGAGAUCACCAUGAGCCCCAGGGCUGGCUCCCCUCCCCACCAGGUGUGUGCCUACCACCACCCCCAGUUUGGAGAAAAUCACUUUUUUGAAAACUCUGAUCUUUAGUGGGCACCUGGGUGGCUCAGUUAGUUAAGUGUCUGACUUCGGUUCAAGUCAUGAUCUCACAUUUUGUGAGUUCAAACCCUACAUUGGGCUGUCAGUGCAGAGCCUGCUUCAGAUCCUCUGUCCCCUUCUCUCUUUUCCCCUCCCCCACUCGUUCUUUCUCUGUCUCUCUCUCUUUCUCUCUCCAAAAUAAAUAAGCAUUUAAAAAAUGAAAGAAAGGAAAGGAAAGAAAAAAAGAGAAGGGAAAAGAAAAAAGAAAAGACUCCGAUCUUCCACUGCUAAGGCUGUUUACAAAGUAGAGACUGGCACUCUCCAUAUUUCUCAUUCCCCAGUCCAUGGUCCAGAGAGGUUUUUCUCUGAUCUUAACAAAAUACCACAAUCUACAGCUUUUCUUUCUCUCCCUUUUGUCUCUCUACAGAAGGGGAUCCCUCCCCUCUGUGCCCAUGAUAUUUUACCUCUCCCAGUUUGCAUACAUGUACCUCUGUCCCACCAAGCUGUCUCCAUCCGCCUGUGGAGAUUUUUCUGUCACUCCACAAAUGGAUUUCCUGGGUUUGGAACACUCAGUAUUCUGAUCUCAAUACAGCUGUGUUUGAGGGACGAGGGAAAUCCCAGUCCCCGUACUUCUCCGCCAUCUUAAUUCCUCAGUCUAAUGUUUCUUUUUUUUUUAUUUUGGAGACAGAGCAACAGAGGAAGGAUAGACAGAGAUGAGAGAAAGAAUCACAAGCAGGCUCCGCACUAGCAGUGCAGAGCCAGAUGCAGAACUCAACUUACAAACCAUGAGAUCAUGACCUGAGCCUAAAUCAAGAGUUGGACGCUCAACUGACUGAGUCACCCAGAGAAGGGGUUUUAUAAAGACAUCUUUUAUAAAUAACUUUGAAAAUUCCAAAGCAAAAUUUCAAAAGUAGUCAACCAUACAGAUGUCUACACAUCAUAAUGUUAAGGCAUAACAUUCCAAAAGCUGGUGAGCACAGAACAGUGCAUAAGACUUCAACAUAAGAGGUACAUGAUGUAUUUCUUAGCUACCAAUACUUCUGUUUCUGGACACUGGAGUGAUAAAAAUUGGAGUCCACUCCAAUGGCAUACUUCCUUGUCCAAGGAUUAGUUUCCAGUUACAGAUUAAUAUAUGGGAAGCAAAGAUUAAGCAGGAAAUGUCCCGCAUCACUUAUUUUUAUCAAGUAAACUGAGUUUAGAGCUUACUACUCAAAAAUACAAUCCAUGGACCAACGGCAUCAACAUCACCUGGCAGCUUGUUAAAAUGCAGGACCUCAGUCCCUAUCCCAAACCUACUCAAUUAGAAUGGGUAUUUUAAGGAGAUUCCCAAGUGUUUCACAUUUGAGAAGUCAGUCUUAAAAUGGUUCUUCUGGGAUGGUUUUAUGCCCAAGAAUAUGGAAGACCCUGCCAGGCUUUGUUAGUGUCUGCUGCAUUCCAUUCCCAGGUUGGGGAGCAUGCAAAUCCUAAGGGUAUGCAACAGCUUCACCCUAAAUGGACCAACAUCUUGGCUUAUGCUCAAGAAGUCUGUAUCUAAGAAGGUUAGAUCCCCCCUUCUUCAGUCACUGCCAAGGAAUAAAUGCAAGGGAAACCAGAAUCUCACAAACCCCCUCUACCUUCAGCUGACAUUCUUUAUUUAACAGGCAUUACUCCAAGAGGACUUGUUAAUAAAUUUUGGGUUUGAAUGGUGGGUUUUUUUCCCAACCAUUUCUCACAAUUGACUAUGGCAAUAUUUUUUAAUUAUAAUGUAAAGGAUUUAAUGUGGAAGUAAAUUUUAAUAAUGUGAAAAUGUUCUGUAUUAUCUAGAUAUCUCCCAGAAAACUCUAACUUCUAAAAAAUAUAUAUAGCAAUUAUGAACAACUUUUCAAAAGGCCUUCAUAUCUUUUGGUGGACUUUCUACACCAUAUGCUGUGCUUCUCCUGUUUAUCUCUGAUUAUGGUAUCUUUUCACCCAUGAGAUCUUUUCAUAUUAAUAAAGAUAGCAAACCACCUGGCAUUGGAAUUUGCACAGAAUUUAUGAAGAAAGUCAAGAUACAGUAAAUCUAUCGAGGCAAACAAGUCAGGUUCUUGGGCUGAAGUUCAAAUCUCCUUAACAUACAAGCUGUCAUUUUUACAAAUCCAUGAAAAAUGAGUGAGGAAUUUGGCCCUUGAAUAAUUUGGUCAUGCCAUGUAAAGCUCUUUACAUUUUCUUUUUUUGUUAAAAAAAAAAAAGUGAAGAAAUACAUUUAAAUUACUUAUAUUCCCACUAGCAAGUAGUUAUUUUCGGUUGGUCCAAAUGCAUGCAUUGUUUGUAUUUGCCUUAACAGUCAACAUAGCCUUCUGUAUUUUGCCUCUUUUACUUAAUAUUAUAUAGGAAACAUUUUCCCAUGACUCUACACUGCCUUCAAAUGAGCAUUUUAAUGACUUCAUAAAAGUCCAUCCUAAUGAGAUAUAUUCUGUUUACCCAUUAUUUUAUUGUUAGACCUUUAGGUUGUUUCUAACUUCUUGAAUAGUCUCAGCCUAUAUAUUUUUACAUAAACUACAAGGAAAUGUAGGCAAUCUACUAAUGACUUGACAGAAAUCAAUUGAGAUAACAAGUCUUCUAUAUAAAUGUGCCAAUAAACUUAAUUCAAACAUACGCUCCAAAAAUGCCCAAAUGGCCAAUCACAAAAUGUAAAAAUAAAUGCAAAGAACUUUUUAUAUACUCCAUAUGAUUAUAAAAAAUAACCUAUAAUUUAAUCUUUGUUGCAAACUUUUUCUAUGCCCCCAAAAAACAAUUCUAAUCUAGUAAAUGCUAACAGCAUAUAGUUUAACUGAAAGUAUGACUAGACACAUAAGGCCAACUUAAACAGAUGUCAUAAUCAAAAAAAUAUUUACCCCACUUACAUGUAUUAGUUAAUAGAUGUCAAAAUGGCCAGCUUGACAGGAAGAGAAGAAUGGGGCCACUUCAGUUAUAGAUUUCAUUGAAUCUCCCCAGAAGUUCCAUUUUUAUUGGCCUCAUAUUCAGUCCAAAGGUGUUGCAUAAGCCCCUUCCUGGCAAGCAGGAAUACAUCAUCAAUUUCUUUGACAGUUUUGAAAGUCUACUAUUCAAAUUGCUCUUUCACCAUCCCAGUCUCCAUGGAAGGUUCCAAUAUGUUAACAUAAUUCCAGACUCACUAUUCUCAAAUGUGCUGGCAUCUGAGCAGCUCUCUGUGAAGGAGUCUUCUUGAGUGGCCAGAUCUGUUUAAAAAGUUUUGGAGGUGACUCCAACAUUAUAUUUCUCUUACACACGUACAUACCAUUCAUACAGAGUGUCCUUGGCAACUACUCAAUUUUUAAAAGGUUUUUUAAACUCCAAAACGACAUGAUGGGUUAUAAUAAUAAUGCCAAGUAAAUAUUUAUUGAGUGCCUGUGUCACACUAGGUGCUGUUCUAAGCACUUUAUUAACUUAUUCAGUCCUCACAAUAAUCCUAAGAGGAAGGGACUAUAUUAUUUCUGCUGCUUUACUAAAGACGAAAUUCAGAAACAGAGGUCAAGCCACUUGCUCCAUGUAGGAGGAGGCAGGAAGAAAGCCAUGGUAUGGUGAAGUCAGGAUUCAAAUCCAGGCAUUCUGGCUUGUGACUCUAACCUCUUAAUCACUGCAGCUACUGUCUUACCGUUUGAUCACUUGAGGGUCUUCUGUGUUGGUCUUCCAUUUUUUCAUUUCCUCUUGAGUAGAGUAAGAUAUUGGUGGAUGCAUAACCCUGUAGACCUCAAGCAAUUGAUGAUCUUUUGGUUGCUCUGCCUCUCAGUGGGUAGGUAUCAUAGUCUGCCAAUCAGAUGGAACUCUUUUUGUAAAUGGCUAGCAUAAUAUAUGGGGAUUUUUCUUAGAAAAUGUUCAGUAUUAAAGUGAAGGAAAAUAGGUGUGCAACUAAAAUUAUAUGUAAGGUAAUUUUGAAUUUUCUAUCUGAAAGAAUAAUAGAUAAUUCCUUUAUGUUUUAUACUGGAAAAUUAAAGCUGAGAGUUCAAUUCACUUUCCCCAAAAUUAUCUAGCUAAAACUCGGAGAUGCUAAAAUAUAAAAUAAAUGACAAUUAUGGACAAUAUUCACUCAGUGGCAUGUCUAGAACAAGAGACAAGGCCCUUCUCAAACACCUCUCUUCUCAUACGUAACUAACAGCUACUUCUUCAUCAGUGACCACCCUCAGCCCACUUUAAUGAUCCUGCCCCCAAUUUAAAAAAAAAAAAAAAAGCAAAACCAGUAAUUGAAUUUCCCUAGCUUUUUUUACAACCUCCAAUUCAAAACUGGACCCCGUGGUUUUCAAUCCUGUCUAUAACCAUACAAUACAGGCCUAAAUCCUAUAAGAAGCUCUAAAAACUCUACAGAGUCAACCUACAAUUCCUCUGGAGUGCAUUCCCUCGGCUGCAGUAAGUGAAAUAAAUCUAACUUGGACUACAGGUUUUUUUCCUAUGCUCUUUGGUUGAUGGGCUGUAACAGUUGUCUAGACCAUCUGACUAGAUGAAAGGUGGUGCUAAGGUACACUGAAGAGUAAUAUUUGGGAGAAAACUGACAAUUCCAUUUUGAAUAUAUUGAGUAUAGAGUAAUUUGAGAAGUUCAGGCAGUGUUAAAGAAGCAUUGGUCUGUAAGGGUCUGUAGAGAACAAAGAGAAGCAUGAAUAUAAGAAGUCAUCAACAUAUAGAUGGAAAUUAAAGCUAGGACAUGGAUGAGACUACUCAGUGCAAACAGCACAGGGAGAAAAAUAUGGGGAAGCUAGGACUGAGUUUUAAUGACCCCAGUAUGAAGAUUCUAUAAAGAAUGAGCAACAAAGGAGGCUAAGAAAGCAUAUUCAGAGAUAAAUCAGACGAAGAAUAUAUCAUCACAUGAACCACAGAAGAUAUUUCAGGACCUAUGGAGUGACCAAUGGCUGAAUUUUGAGAGAUCAAGUAAAAAGAGAAUGGAAAAAUUCCCUUUGGAGUUCAUUGAUAUUUUUUGUGAGAGAUUUUUCAUCAUUUUGAUAGGAGGAGAAGCCAGAUUAAAUGAAUGAGGAGUGGGGCGCCUGGGUGGCGCAGUCGGUUAAGCGUCUGACUUCAGCUCAGGUCACGAUCUCGCGGUCCGUGAGUCCGAGCCCCGCGUCGGGCUCUGGGCUGAUGGCUCAGAGCCUGGAGCCUGUUUCUGAUUCUGUGUCUCCCUCUCUCUCUGCCCCUCCCCCGUUCAUGCUCUGUCUCUCUCUGUCUCAAAAAUGAAUAAACGUUAAAAAUUUUUUUUUUUAAAUGAAUGAGGAGUGUGAGGUAAGCAAAGUGAAAAAAGAAAGGUCUUCCCGAAGUAGGGGCAGUGUGGUAGUGCUAUAUAUAGUAGUUAAAAGAAUGGAUUCUAGAGAGAGACUGAGUUCAAAUUCUAGUUGUGUCCCUCACUAGCUGUGACCUUGGUUAGGGUGCUUAACUGAUUUGUGCCUCAUUUUUUUCCAUCUGUCAACUGGGGGAAAAACAGUAACUGACCACUUGGGGUUGUGAGAAGGAAUAGAUCAAUUAAUAGAGAUCUUUAUAAAUAGUACCCUUUCAAUAAGGAUUAGCAAUAAUUAUUUCAAAAACAUGAGACAGCAUGACUCCAUAGGGGCCUGAAAGUAGAUCAAUGUGAAUGGUGAGUAUGGAGAUAAGACCAAAGAGGGUGACAGGAUCCUAGAUAUAGAAGACCUUGAAUGCCAGGCUAAAGAGGUACAUUUCCUCUCACGGCAUAAGGAUUCAUUGAGGGAGUUUAAGAAGAGAGUGAUAUGAUGAUAUUUCUAUUUUAGAAAAACCACUCUAGUUAUAGACUAGAGGAUAGAUUGAAGUAGAAUCAGGCUAAAGGCUGGGACAGCAGUUAGGAGCCCAUUUCAGAAACCUAAAUGAAAACCGAUAAUGCCUGAAUUAAGGCAGAAAGUAGAAAUGGAAUAGAAAAUAAUAGUAAUUCAAUGAGGUAAAAUUAUCAUGACUUGGUUACUCAUUGUGUAUUUUAGGUGAGGGAGAGAAUGAAGUCUAGGAUACUCACCCUUUACCUCCCCCCAGAUUUCUAGUUUGGGUGGCUAGCUGAGUAGUACAGCCAUUUACUAGGGAAGAAAGUCUAGGGUUGCCUGAGAAUUAAGAUGAUUAUUAUUCAAUUCCGGGUAUGCUAUGUCUGUGCAACACCCAAAGGAUACAUAUAGCCAAUAUACAAUCUAGAACCCAUAGGAAAGUUAGAGCUCAAGAUCCAUACAUGGUUGUCUAAGUUGAGCAUUCCAGUGGUUACUGAGGAAGAAUAUCUAGAGAGAGAAGAGUACUGGUGGGGAAAAAUUUAUUCAGAGAAUUUAUCUAGGAAAAUAACAUCAAGUGACAAUAGAUAAAUGUUAAUAAGCUUAGGGGAAGGUAGUAUAUGGUGAAAAAGAUGGCAUAGGGUAGUUGGUUUUCUCUAAAGAAGGAUUUCCAGAAGGCCUCAAUAGAAAACGACAGCAAUGGUGGGAGAAUGAGUGGGAAGGAGGAAGAACACAGCAGUAUAGAUGUAAGAGCAUGAUGGGACUAGCUGAUUGGAGGUACAUGUGUCUUGUCCAGGUGACAAGGUGAAGGCAUGUAGUUCCAAGUUUUUGGCAAUUCAAACCAAGGCCAAAAGAGGCCUCUGAUGGUGACUUUCUGUGUAUGCUAAUUACCUCAUGUCAAGUGAGCUGUACUCACAUUUCACGACCCAUCUCAAAUGUCACUUUCUUUGGCGCUCUUCCCCCAAGUGACUUUAGCAGGCUUAAUUUUUCCUUCCUCUAAGUUUCCACAGUAUAUUAGCAUACCUGUAUCAUUGUAAAUAAAACAUCCCCACUCUACAGUGGAAUUCAAAGACAUGUAAAUGAUUUCCCCAAGGUGACCCAGGUUUCCUGACCCCCAAGAUCAGUACUGUUUCAUUAUAUUCCUGCUCCCUUUCUCCAGGGACAGGGAGGAAUCUCAUGACUAUAAACUUUAGCCACUACAAGGGUUUAUUCAUUUAGUUAAGAAGUGUAUAAAGGCUGUGUUGGAUAAAUAAGGUUUGCUUUAGAUCCUAUGUUCUGAUUGCCCAGUAGAGGUCUUAUGCCAGGAUAACCCAAUGCAGACCGGAAUCUGACAGAUUUGGAUACUGGCUUGUCAUUCUAACUCAAAGGCAAGACCCUGGUUAUGAGAAUAUAAUGGAUAUAGGCAGGAUGUUAAAAAAAAAAAACAAAACAAAAAACAAAAAACAGUAGGAGAAUGAUUAGACUCAAAAAAAAUUUUUUUAAUAAGUAAAUACCAUUGGGCCUUGAAUUAGAAAGCCUGUUCUGUUCUUGGUUUUGGCACAAGGUAUAUGACCCUGUGCAAGUCACUUCACCUCUCCAUGUCUGUUCCCUUAUUUAUGUUAUGAGUUAGAGUUGAUGAUUGCUAAGAUAUCUUUUAAGUGGCCCUGUCACCAUAGUCACGACUAGGUGACUGGGUGGACUGGGUGGACUGCCCCAGCCUGCUGGCAGAGCUGGCAGAAACCCCAGUAAACAACAUCACGGAUCAUUCCAGGACAAGCUGUGCUGUGAAGCAGGUCUGCCAGUAGCCUGGCUUUCCCUGGUGAGCUGCACUCAACAGCAGAGCCUACUCAGUCUUAAAAGGACUAGGACAGUUACCCUACCUUUGAUUUUCUGUGGGAUCCCUUAGGGAGAUCUCAGUAUCUGCAGGAACAUUAGAUUAUCAAUUACCUCAUAGGGAGGACAUGAGAUGAGCAGGAGUGAAGACACAGAGACUUUGCAGAGUAGACUUCAAUGCCCUUUGCCAACCUUUUACAUUUCCUACAAAUCACCCACAAUGCUUCUCCUGCCCUUCUUCCCACAGUCUCAUUUAAAGAGAUCCUUUCUAGGGGUGUCUGGGUGGUUCAGUCAGUUGGGUAUCUGACUUUGGCUCAGGUCAUGAUCUCACAGCUUGUGAGCUCAAGCCUCGCAUCAGGCUCUGUGCUGACAGCUCAGAGCCUGGAAGCUGUGUCUUCCACUCUUUCUCUCUGCCCCUCCCCCGCUCACUCUCUGUCUCUCUCUGUCUCUCAAAAAUGAAUAAACAUUAAAAAAAAUUUUAAAGAGAUCUGUUCUAGGGGCGCCUGGGUGGCUCAUUUAGUAAACAACUGACUUCAGCUCAGGUCAUGAUCUCGUGAGUUCUCGUGAUCUUCAUGGGUUCGAGCCCCAUGUCCGGCUCCAUGCUGACAGCUCAGAGCCUGGAGCCUGCUUUGGAUUCUGUGUCUCCUCCUCUCUCUGCCUCUCCCCUGCUUGUGCUCUGUCUCUAAAAUAAAUAAAGAUUAAAAAAUUUAAAAAAAUAGAGAUUAUUUUCUAAAAUAAAAAUAAUAAAAAAUAAAGAGAUCCUUUCUUUUUCUAAGGGUAGUUCUUUUCUCUGUGCCCAUAAAUCCAGACCCACUGUUCUACUCCAGAACAAGGGCAAAUACCUAAAACAAUAAAAUAUAUGUUUGAGAAGAGGAAAACAAGGACAACUACCACUAGACUCUGUGUCUUGUAUCAAUAUCAUCACCCUCCCCUUCCUUGCCUUUAUAUUACAAAGUUUGAGGUUAAGAUCCUUGUUGAUGGGAAGCCACAACUCCAUGUCUCCACGUUAUGCCUUCAUUUAUUACCAACUCACAGCAGCCAGAGGCCUCUCCACCAUCCCAGCAACUGGCCAGUGCCUAGCUGGCAUCCAUAUCAUCAGAUCCAAAGGACUCUUUUUUUUUUUUUGACAUUUAUUUAUCUUUGAGAGACAGAGACAGAGCACAAGCGGGAGGGGCAGAGAGAGAAGGAGACACAGAAUCUGAAGCAGGCUCUAAGUUCUGACCAAACUGUCAGCACAGAGCCAGACACAGGGCUCAAACCCACGAACCGUGAGAUCGUGACCUGAGCCAGAGUCAGUUGCCCAACUGACUAAGCCACCAAGUUACCCCAUCAAAGGAUUCUUUCUUGAUCAUGCUAUGGUAUCUGCCAUUGUGGAAAACUACCACCUUUAUUUAAACUUUCUUAAACUACAGAUGCCAUUCAACCUGACAUUUUUUUUUUUUUUUACUUAUCACCCCAUAUCUUCAGCCGAAGGGGUGAGACUGGGCAGCCAUAUUUUAUAUCAAAGACCACAGGUGAUAGGAGUGGAAGUACACACCUGGUCAAGGCAGCUUAGAUCCCUGAUGUGACCUGGCUUAAAAAGAAGAGUCAGACCUAUCAGAUUCUCUUUUUCUCAGGAAUGUGAAAUAAAAAACACUUUGGCAUUUUGGCAUAGGAGCUAAUAGGUCAUGAUGUAUAAAGAGAUUCUGGAGGCAAUGUUUGACCACGUGAGGCCAAAAUUAUAAGAGUUAGAAACUAUGAAUGAGCAGAGGAAAAGAUCCUGAGAGAGAAGAGAUAAAGCCAAUACAGAGAGUAAUGAGCUGUAAGAUUCAGGGAGGUGGAGGGAACUUCUGACCUCCAAGACCUUCCUUCCUAGAAACCAACAGCUUCUCUAGAGUUUUCUCCUUCCACUAUUUAUUCUCUCCCCCAUUCUUUGAAGACUAUUCUCUAUUUGUUCUUUAAGUAUUAGGGGUUUUUUGUUGUUGUUGUUGUUGUUUUCCCUUUGAGGACUCUGACCUUGGACCUUUUUCAAUCUACACACUUUCAAAGAAACAUGGUUAUGGCUUCCAAAACUGCUUGUAUCUGAUGAUGCUCACUCAGAUCUUAAUUUCUAGGCUAGCUCUCUCUCCUGAAUCUCUCUCCUGAGCUUUUGGCCACGUUUACCCAACUGCCUAAUGGACAUUGCCGUUCCCCACCUCAAAAUCAACAUGUCUAAAAUUAAAACUUUCCUGUCAAACCCACUUUUCCUCUGAUACUGCUUUUCAGUGAAGGAAACUUGCAGCUGAAAACCAAAAUCACCCUAGACUUCUCUCUCCUUCCAAUCCAUUUGGACAUUAAGUCAUUUUCAUGCAUCCUCUUCUACUUCUCUACACUGCUUCUCCUCUCCAGUCCUGCUGCUACUAAGUUCAGGGCCUCAUAACUGCCCUCCUGGUUUUCUUGGUGUUUAAACUCCUAUCCCUGCCUGUAACUCUUCUGUGGCCUUCCCAUUGUAUUAAAGGAAAAUCCAAACUCUUUAGCAUGGCAUCAAAAUCUUCCAUGAUGCUUUUCCUGGUUACUUCAUCAAUAUAAUAUUCUGCCAAACUCCAUUCAACCACAGUUUCAAGGUAUCCGGACUUUUUGUGACUCCAACAACAUCUCAAGUGUUGCCUCUGUCUGGACUCCUCUCACCGAUCCCUCUUCCAGGAAGGCUAACAUCCCUUUCUCUUCCAGUCAACACUUUUCCUAAGUCAUCCUUCAAUAUUUAUGAUCCUGCCUCCACAUAUAAAUCACUAUCUUUUUUUAUUAUGUCCCAGCUAUACUCUGACCAGAUGUAUAUGACUUUAUGACAUUUACUUUUAAAAUGUUUGUAUUCCUCUACUUAAUCUGGAGGGGCAGAAAAUAUAUCAUUUUUACUGUUUGUCCUAUGCCUAGCAGUGAACAUGUUCAGAAGAUGCUGUGGAGGAAAGGGAGGAAAUGAAUACACUGAUCCUCCAUGGGAUAAAACUGGCCUAUCCUCUGACAGAAAAGACUAAUGCCAGGUUUCCUCAGAGAAUAAUGUGUGUGUCAAUUCCUGUGGGAAACAUUUGCUGAUAUUCUGCCCACACCUCCACCGCCACCCAAGUGAAGGUGUCAAGAACAUGAUAUAAAUCUAAAUACUUCACCACCGAACUUGUGAGAGACCUGAGAGAGCAGAAGCCAUUCUAGACGCCACGUGCCUUGACUGACAAAUAGACCAAGCCGAAGUGGUUUAGAGAUCACAUCAUGUGACAUAGAUCUGCUUUGUUUCAAUAAAUAAACCUAGAACUGUUAAAAUAUGGCCGAUUACACAUUGAGAUGAGGGUGAAAUAAAGAGAAUGGAAUAUUUUCUGAGGUCAUAACAUUCAGUAUUAUUUCUACAAUUUCACUAUAAUUAACGGGCCCAGGAGCAAAUCCUUCUGCUGAUCAGGUUUGAGUUGCUCUUUUACGGUGACAAAUGAAGCACACCAAGAAAGUAAAAUUUGACAUUCCCUUCAUGGCUUCUUAGAACAAUGCAUGUUGGAAUGAAGCAGAAAAUAGUGGAGUUUAAAGACAAAUUAAAAAAAGAAAAAGAGAAACAGUGACUGAAUCCAUCAAGACAAGAUUCCACUUUUGAAUGUCUAUGUGCAGUUCGGCUCUUCCAUUACCUCUGCAUAAUUUUCAGCAGGGAGCUGUUAUUCUUUAAUGCAACCCUGUAUAUAAAUUAAAGAUUCUGGCUCCCUCAAGGCAAAUAUCCUGAAUUCAUCUUUACUGAAAGAGAAAAAAAAAAUGUCAUACCUUCUUAAUCCAGAAGAUUGAAGGUCCCACACAGGAAUCAGUUCUUAAUGUCAUCUGGGAUGGAGUCAUAUUGACAACUAGCAGACAUUUUCCUCAUGGAGCAUGGGACUUCUUCUGAGCACCCAGUGGCUGAUCCAUAGAUGAGCUCAUCCUAUGCCUCUUCCAUCUGAGAUCCCUUCUGUCUCUGGGAAGGAGCCCCGCGCUCUUUACUCACACAGUACCAUCACCACUGAACCUGGGGGUACUCCUCUGAUGGUUUCCAUUUGCUGGAACGUUUGACACAGGAGUUGGUGCUUGUACAGAGAUGGAAGGGGGACAGGGUUGGCUGCUGGGGUCAUAGGAGGUGGUGAGGUGGGAGUAAUUAGCUGCCUUGAAUCUACACCUGGCUUUGUUUCUGUAUAGAACCUGUAUCAGUUGGAUCAGUGUGUCCUGAUUCUUGAGAUCUCAACCAUAUCAAAAUGUCAUUUGGCCCAAGUCCAGACUCUGUACUUUCAUUUCUAAUGUUCCACUGUAACCAUCUAUCACUGAGACCCAUCACGUUUCCUUUUGAUUACUCUAGCCCAGAAGAAAGCUAAAACAUUUUCUGGGAUCUCUUUUUCCCAGCAGGAGCUCUCUGCUUCAUUCAAGAACAGUUCUCAAACCCUAACCUAAAUGAUGGCCAACCAUUGCCAGCGUAUUUCGGAAAGUGGUUCUCCUUUCUCUGGAAUUUUUGUUUAUGUUAUUUCCUUACUUUCUGAUAUCAUUAAAAAUAUGUGUUUUGUA